AUGGGAGAUAGCUCUUCUGAGACUGAACGCUUGUUGAGGGAAUUUUAUAUCCCUAAUUACAUAUUAGAUGCAAAAGCUGAAACUGAGACCUGUUCCAUCCCCCCAGAAUGUCCUGUUCUUGUAUUCAUCAACUCUAAAAGUGGUGGGCAGCAUGGUGGCGACUUAUUGACGACGUACCGUCAACUUCUUAAUGGGAAUCAGGUGGCUAUUCCCUUGUCUAAGUUGCCCUGGACGUGAACGGUUCAGCUAUAUUAUCCUUGGAAUAUGCUCUUACAGACACAACAUGCGACUUAACUAAGGUCUCUUUUCUUCCUAGGUUUUUGAUGUGUGCCAGGAGGCUCCAGACAAGGUACUGCACAAGGUUUAUGGCAAUUUGGAAAAACUGAAGCACAGUGGGGAUAGUCUGGCUGCUGAAAUUGAGAGGAGACUAAGACUAAUUGUGAGUUCAAAUGAUUUAUAAUUUUAAUGAGAAACCUGUCUGUUCUGUGCCUAUUUUAUGUGCACCAAUCUAUUUUCCCCUGAUUCACUGAAAUCUGUCAUCUUGGGUGCAAGGUAUUCUACUGUCCUUAAUUGAUUCCUCUACUUUCAGGUGGGUGGUGGAGAUGGCACAGCUGGCUGGCUGCUUGGAGUAGUCUGUGAUCUCAAGCUACCUCACCCGCCUCCUAUUGCAACAGUACCUUUAGGGACGGGGAACAAUCUUCCAUUUUCAUUUGGUUGGGUAGGUAUAGUGGCUUUAAACAUGUAUAUUGUUAGUCUUGUACGCACGCAUGUAUAUGUUUCUCAGCUUGAUAGAUGCUGGGGUGAUUGCUCCAUUCAUAAGUUAUGAGGAUCGUCUUUAUGUCUCGAGAUUAGCAUUAUGUAAGACCUAUAAUUUUAGUACGCUGAGUUUUGGUUGAUUUCCCCAUAAUCUUGAUUAUCAUUAAUAGAUUGGUUAGUAAUUGUAUUCAGGGUGCAAUUUUUAAAAGUAUUUUAGGAAAUUUUCCAUCUCAAUUAUGUUAUUUGGAUUUUCUCAUUUCAGUGGUACAUUUCAUCUCUAUAAAUCUUAAAUACCUUGUCAAACAACGGACGCCCAUUUCCAUUCUUUGCGUCAUAUUCACAUGCAUCUUUAUGGUGAUUAGGCUUUAGUGGUUGUCCUUCGAGAAAGAGAUAAUAUUUAGCUCCAAAGUGUCUCCUUUACUUUUUCUAUUUUGAAAACCAGUUGAUGUUUCCUGAGAUGGCAUCAUAUGUGAUUUCAGGGGAAGCAUAAUCCAGGCACUGAUCGUCAAUCUGUGAAAAGCUUCCUGAUGCAAGUCAAGGAGGCUAGGGAAAUGAAAAUAGAUAGGUGGGCUUCCUAUUUCAUUCCUUUGCUAUCCAUAUAUUUCAAGUUCAUAAAUUAUGGUUUUGUUGCUAUUUUAUCUCUUCUUCUAUAAAGCUAUGUUUACAUUUGAGCUAUACCUCACCUGAGAACAAGUAAAGAAAGAAUUGUCAGAGCCGUUCUCGUCAUGUUUUUUUUUUAUGACUUAUGGUGGAUCUUUGGAUCUUUUCAGUGGGGAUAUUCCAUGGGCAGUUUCAUCAAAGAAUUCCCUUCGUUUACAGGACAUAAAUAACAAAAAAAUUCGCUGAAAGAUAACAUUUUUUACCAGUUCCUUGUGAAAGAUAAAUUACUUGAUAAAGUACUUGACUUUGCUGUCUAUCUACCAGGCAAACUAAUGAUUGAUCCUGACGUCGAAUUUAGAUCCACCUAAUUUCUGCUAUCUCUGUCUUUAAUAUUAAAUAUUAUUAUUAUUUAAUUCCUAUGAACACUAAAGAAAUAGCUGACAGGUACUGACUGUUUUGUAAUUUAGAAAUUGUUUUAGCCCUCCGUAAGAACUGUAUCCCAAUUCUCAUUUUUUUUGUCAUCAACGUGAAAUUGCAUGCCAUUACUUGGGCAACUUUUGGUUCUGAUGUUUUUCUGAUAAGCAACUUAGAAGGGUUGUGGUUCUACAAGCAACUCCAAAAUUCAGUAUAAAUUUGGAUACAACUAUCAGAUGUACAUAUAUUUUGAUGCGUGGAUAAAUUAUAUAGUCUCUCAUUAUAGAUAUUAACAUCAAUUUGUCCAGCUUUGGAUUGCGUGGCAAUCUUAGUGCGUCAGUUGCCAAGGAUCAUGCCUGACUUAUAGACAUACAUGCAUACAAACUAUCCAUUUUUUUUCUAUAGGACGUGAUUUAGUCUCUUUUUGAAAUUUGUUUCAGUUGGCAUCUCAUAAUGAGGAUGAGAGCUCCUAAAGAAGGUUCUUGUGAACCUGUCGCUCCUCUAGAACUACCCCAUUCCUUGCACGCAUUUCAUCGUGUCGGCAGUGGUGACUCAUUGAAUGUGGUAUGACGAACUUCUGUCCUCAAUAUAACUUUGCUUAUGCCAUCCUGCUUUUGUUUUCUUUAAGUACACAGUCAAUUAAUUUUUUCACAUGUAAUAUUGACGAAACAAUGAUAUUGUAUUCUGCUUUAGGAUAUACAAUUCAUAGGCAAUGUGCGUGCAAGAAUAUAUACAAAGUAAUGAUAAUAAAUGCACUGGAUCAUUGAUGUCUACGUUUUGAAGACCAAGUACUGUUGUGGAUGUAAAUGCUAAUUUCUUACUGUAUAAAUCAUUAUGGGUUUAAGGCGGGGGGGGGAGGGGGGGGGGUCGGUUGCAGAGUGGGGGCGUUAAUGUACCUCUGUUCUACUCAUUACCUGUUCAGCUCUGAUCUGAUUUGAACACGUAAGUUUUUAGAUACCUCUGAUGGUAUUAUUUUUGGUCUUUUAGAAAACCAGGAAUUAUGAAGGAACAAUGACCUUCUGCUUGUUGUUUGUGCUCAGGGUGUCUUAAAAUUUCUAGAUGUCCUUGUUGGCACAUCUAAUGCAGUAUCAUGAGUAGUUACCCUUGUUUAGGAUGCAUGUAUAUUUUUUGCAUUGGUUAUUCUCUUGAAUACUUACUGUCGGACAUCUUAGCCAGAUGUUAGUUAUUAGGAACAUUAAUGGAAUUGAACUUGAGGAUGGAAGAGAUAAAUACAUUUGGCGAUGACUUAGUAGCAGGAGACACUAUUCUCUCAGGAUUUUAGAAGUAGAUGCCAAAUUGAGCUUGGGUAUUGCUUGUACUAGUGUUCAUGGCAUUUUCUUGUUACAUUAUUUGCCUUUCAAGUUUAAUUUCUUUUUCUGUCUCGAACCCAUUGCCUUUAACCAUGAUUUGUGAAGUCUCGAGUUCUCCAUUAUAAAGAUCUGCAUUUCUUGAUCUCACUUUUGAUUUUUUUGUAAUUUGGUCAAAUGUUAAGGAAGACCAAAAUUUGAACAUGGACGGGGUCAGGUUUUUUUUUUUUUCUGUGUUAUAUUGGUACUUCUAUCUACUAAUUGUGUACACCAUCUAGUCACUGAAGGUAUUGCUAUCAAAAUUGUUCAUAUAUGUUCCACACAACGUAUGAUCCCCACAGAUUUGAGUUAUUAGAGGGCCGUUUUUGCAUUGUCCUUUCAUCCACAAUCUGUCGUAGACUUUGAACUGGGGAAAGUACAAAACUCGUGAUUUUUUUUACGCAGUAUGCACUGGACAUUUUGGUUGAACCGAAGAAUCAAUAUUUUUUUGCAAUAAAUUUUGGAGACAAAAUAUGGGAUGAUAUCUAUCUGUUGUUUGGGCAGAUGGUAUGACAAGUCGUCUAUUUUUUUAUUCUUCUUUUAUUAACUAGUUCUCUUUUUCUUCUUUGUAAUUUGUGCAUCGUUCAUUUUUCCUUCAUUUUUAAGAACAAACAUAGGUUGAUGGGCUAUUUGGUGUUUUUAUCACAACUUGGUUAAUCUCGUAGCAUAUAUAACUGCCAUUUGACGUCUUUUUUAUCUGCUUUCAGGAAGGUUGCAACACCUAUCGUGGGGGAUUUUGGAAUUACUUUAGCAUGGGUACGCUUCUCUACUUCUGACUACUCUGUUUCCGUAGUAUCUAAUCUCCAAAAUCUCUAUGUUGACAUGUCUGUGGUUUAUUCUUUGUUGGUUGCUUAUUGCGGGCCCUUUUCCCCCUUAAUACCGUCUUCUGGGUGUUUGAGGUGCAUAAUCUGUCACUUUGUUUUUGGAAUCUCGCUUAUUUAUCAUCAGCAGCCUAUGGUGUCAGAAGCCUAUGCUGGAUGCAGGCUUCGACACCAAAAUAUGGGUGUUGACAGAUAGGUUGGAUGUUGACAAAAUCUAGCCUAUCUGUCAACACCUAGCAGAUUGUUGUUGGUUGCUUAAAGCAUCCAGUCUAUCUGUCAACACCAAAAUAUGGGAUUUUGUCGAAGCCUAUAUCCAGCAUCUGUAUUACGUUCCGAAUGCUCAGGAUUUCAAAAAUCUGAAAACUUCUGAUUGUUUGAAAAGUGCCCGCAUACAUUGAUAAGGGGAACUAUCAUUUCCAGACUUCAGUUGACUAGGAAAAAAUCAAUUAGCUAUAGUUUUUGCCAAUCAUUAUGCUUUGUCGAAGGACAAGAUAAGCUGGUUUCUCAUUUAUCUAUCAAUAAUUUCUUCACCCUUUCAUGCUCAAGAUAGAAAGUAUUUUUGUAUCACAUGCUGGAAUAUGACCCAAUUUGACUAUUCUCGGCAGGAAUGGAUGCCCAAGUGUCAUAUGCAUUUCACUCUGAGAGAAAGUUGCACCCAGAGAAAUUCAAGAACCAGAUAGUUAAUCAGGUAAGGCCUUUUCUCUGGAAAAAGGGGGAUUUUUUUCUUUAUUUAUUUCGUUCAGUAAAAGAAUUGCUGCCAUCAGAAUAACCACCGAAUUUGUUUCGUAUUGACGAUUCUCCUUAAACCCUACCUUGCAAAUACAAGUAAACCAUAAUCAUCCUUCAUUAGGCCUCAAUCUUGUUAACAUACAAUAAUAAGACUUUGACAGCUCAAUCCCAUCGAUUUCAAUAGUUUCCUCUACACCGGUUAUCAACCGGAUGAUAAGCUACCCAUUUCUGUCCCAAAAUCUUAUAAUGCACUAGCUUGUGGGCAAGAUCUUAUCAAGAUGGGUCUGCCCCUCUGAGCGCCGUAAGGUUUGGGAAGAGCAUCUUGUCAAUGGGGUGCCAUUUUAUUUUUCGAAGAUCUUAUCAUACACUAGUUUGUGGGAAGAUACCGAUCGUUUUGGGAAGAAAAAACUUGUCAAUACUCUGUCAGGGGAAUGGCGCCGUACUUCUUCCUGACUGCUUCUUUGUAAUGUGAGAUGUGAAUGCUGAAUUCCAAAGCAUCCUUUAAUCUCCCUUUGAAGUUCCUCUGGCUAUUAUUUUUCUACGAUCUGGAGCAGCCCAACAUAAUUUUUUAGUCCUUGCUUAUUGACCACUAUUUAUAUGAUAUUCUCUUAAGAUUUGGAGGGUAAGGCCUCCUAGUCCUCACAGAAAUUUUAAUCUUAUGAAAAUAUUCCAUAAACAUGACUAUGAGGCUUCAUGUCUCAUCUCUUUCCUCCUCAUGCUUUGAAUCAGUUCACGCUGGUCCUUCAGCGUUACUCUCUCUCGCCCUCUCUCUCUGGAAGCUCUAAUGAUGGUGAUACGCGUAUUCUCUCACACAGGCCACGUACGCCAAACUUGGGUGUACACAAGGAUGGUUCUGCGCUUCUCUCAUGCAUCCUUCAUCCAGGUCUGACAUGGUCACCUUUGAGAUGACAUCGACAGAAAAAGGUUUUCUUUUUAUUUUAAUUUAAUUAUUAUCUUUGUAUGCUUGUUCCUCGCAGGAACAUAGCUCAGCUUGCUAAAGUGAAGGUCAUGAAGAAAUCUUCUGGCCCCUGGGAAGAUCUGCCCAUCCAUCACAGGUGAAUCCGUGAUUAUGAAACCUUCCCAUAAGCAAGCUCAUUGGGUUUUUGUGUGAUUUCCAAUUUGAUAUUUCUUCGGUUCUUGUUGUCCCAAGAGUUAAUUCACAUUUAAUAUGGAGAGAUUCCGCUCAUUGUUUCAUCGAUGGUUUCCGAAUUAAUGCGGAAUUAAUGGGCAUGGAUUAGGUGUGAGGCAUGGAAUUAAUGGGCAUAAGAAAUGGUGGUUUUGGUGGCUUCCUCUCUCCUUUAGAGUGCCAUGGAGAAUAAUAGUUUGUGAUUUUGUCAUCGGAUAAAAAAUAUAUAUUAUUUUUAAAGCAUAUAAUCUAAUGUAUGAGCUUUUUCAUAUGCCGCAGGAUAAGAUCGAUCAUUUGCCUCAACCUGCCGAGCUUCUCUGGAGGGUUUAAUCCCUGGGGAACCCCAGAUAACAGGAAAAAGAGAGAUGUAAGCUCUCUCUCUCUCUCUCUUGAGACGGGGGCACAGAAUGAUGAUCGAUCAUUGUAAACUGGAUUUCUCCAUUGAUACAGACUGACAGCUCUGAUUGCAGCGUGAGUUGACCGAGCCUCUUGUGGAUGAUGGGCUUCUCGAGAUAGUCGGCUUCACAGACGCCUGGCAUGGGCUCGUUCUGCUCGCUCCCAAAGGCCAUGGGACACGGCUGGCACAGGUAGGGAGAUAAUCUCUCACGCUAUAUGACUAUAGUCAACUUUUCGGCGAUUUGGGUCAAACAUGCUCUCAUCUCGCGGAGAAUUGAGCUGACGUUUGUGCCAUUCUGCGGUGAACUCAAACCAUCUCCGACCUCAACUUGAUUUGGUUGACUUUAUCGUCCUUUUUGGUCAAAUCCUCUCGCAUCUGAGCUCAUCCUGGUCACUACUCUCUCUCCGGCAAAACAGGCGCACAGGGUUCGCUUUGAGUUCAACAAGGGGGCGGCGGACAGCACGUACAUGAGGAUUGACGGCGAGCCAUGGAAGCAGCCCCUUCCCAAGGACGACGACACAGUGGUGGUGGAGAUCUCCCAUCUCGGUCAAGUCAACAUGCUGGCCACCCAAAACUGCCGAUCCAAGAGCGUCCACGAGGCCUCUUCUCUCUCCUCCGCCGGCCAUCACGACGACGGCAGCGGCUCGGACAACUGCGACUCCGGCGACGAGGGCUCCGAAGAACGGAGGAAGUUCGGCGCCGCCGAAACAUUCAGAUUCCCCGAAAACGUUGACAUCAGCAGUCUGAGUUGA